CAAUAUCUCCGUCUUACCAGUAUUUGUCUGAUGAUAUAUAUGGCCAAUAUAAUGUAGGUUGUUCAAGUGCAGUUUCAGCGUCUGAUUGGUUGGAGACCCUACCUUAGGUCGUCUUGACUUUGUCUCCACUUAGAUUCUUUGGCAGUUUGGGUAAGGUAAGGUCAUGUUCACAAAUGUAACCAUACCUUACGUACUUCCCACCUGCAAUCGCGCUUUUCUUACCUUCUCACCCUCGCGCCAACCAACCCUUCAAUUCCCAUCACAUCACAAAAUCUCCGACGAUGGAUUUCCAAAACCGCGCCGGCUCGAAAUUCGGCGGUGGAGGCGUCGCUUCUCAGUCCGCCACCAACGCCGACCGUCGCGAACGCCUUCGCAAGCUCGCUCUCGAGACCAUCGACCUCGACAAGGACCCCUACUUCUUCAAGAAUCACGUCGGCUCGUUCGAGUGCCGUCUUUGUCUCACGGUUCAUCAGAAUGAUGGCUCCUACCUUGCCCAUACCCAGGGCAAGAAACAUCAGACCAACCUCGCCCGUCGCGCUGCUCGUGAGCAAAAAGAAGGUCGUCAAGGCGCCGUUGACCCAGCUACCGGUCUCCCCAUUGGAGUGACAGGUGCAGGCUUCGCGCAGCGUCGCAACGUUGUAAAGAUCGGGCGCCCGGGAUACAAGAUCACCAAGAUCCGCGACCCUGUCUCCCGUCAGCAGGGUCUGCUCUUCCAGCUCCAAUAUCCCGAUGCGACCCCCGAAACAUCUCCCAAGUGGCAGGUCAUGAACGCCUUCACUCAGCACGUCGAGGAGCCCGAUAAGAACUUCCAAUACCUACUCGUUGCCGCCGAACCUUACGAGACAGUUGGCUUCAAAAUUCCUGCCCGUGAGCUUGACAAGCGCGAGGACAAGCAGUUUGCCUUUUGGGAUCCGGAUGCCAAGGAGUAUUGGAUUCAGGUCAUGUUCAUGACUGAGCGCGAGGAACGUUUCAACGCGGCUCCUGGUUUGACGGUAAGGAGGUAAUGGCCCAUUUACUGGCCCUCUGAUGGUCAUGGUUAUUUGCAUCUUGGGAGUAAAGAAAAGGAUAUCCGGGUCAUGGGACGGCGUCACGGGAGUUUUUUUUGUUUAUGCGCAAUAAUUCUAUCUGGAGCACCCGAGGCUCGAAAUAAAUAGGGCACCGGUAGAGCUUUGUUACUGUAUACGGGUUGCCCAAUUUCAUGUACAACUUGUCACUCAAUCUCAUGUGAUCACGGCACAGCAGUUAUGUUAGACUUCAAGAUGGGCAAUGGCAGACUGUAUUUCAAAUGUCAUGUCUCAAACAACCCAUGUCUGAUACAUGCACUGUCACGUUGCGUCCUUUACGUUCUUUUGCUUCAGUAUGUUAUUAUUGACUUCUACAACAGUUCUGGAAACCUCGUGUUUUGUUACAUGUCAUGUAUAAUGCGAUGCAAAUUGCAGACAGCAAACGUCCUGACCGACUUGUAUGUCCCUCCAUCUGAACCAGACCUGCUACCAUAGUAUCAUCAAAAACAUGCAUCGAAACAGCUAAAAGGCUCAACAAACGGGCAAGCCUCGCACAGC